AUGUCUAAGGCAAUCUACAUCUCACCUAUUGAUGGCAAGCCGGGGAAGCCUGGUCAGGUCUACUACCCGCUUACCGUGCGUACUCUGCCCCAGCCUUCUCCGCAAGGGCGUGAGCUGCUUGUGAAGUUGACCGCUGCCUCCUUGAACCACCGUGACCUCUUCCUCCGCCAGCAUCUGUAUCCUGGUGUAUCAUUUGAUGUUCCUCUUCUUGCAGAUGGAGUGGGAGUUGUUGUGGGUGCAGGCCCCCAGGUGUCCAAUCCGGAUCAAUGGCAGGGCAAACGCGUGAUUUUGAAUCCAGGUGUGGGUUGGAAGGACUCUCCCGACGGCCCGGAGGAGCCCACGGGAUACCGCAUUAUGGGAGGUACCAAGGUCUAUGAGAAGGGAACCUUGCAGGAGUACGUCACGAUUGAAGAAUCAGAGGUGGAGGAAGUGCCUGCACACCUUUCGGAUGCGGAGGCGGCUGCGCUUCCCUUGACGGGGCUGACGGGCUGGCGAGCUUUGAUCUCUAAGGCGGGUGACAAGAACUCUAGAGAAGGGGCAGCCAUCUUGAUCACAGGCAUCGGUGGGGGUGUUGCCUUGAUGGUGCUGCGAUUUGCUGUCGCCCGUGGGGCUCACGUCUUUGUCACCAGCUCGAGCCAGGAGAAGAUCCAAAAGGCAAUCGAUCUUGGUGCUGCAGGCGGCGUCAACUACAAGGAAGAUGGGUGGGAUAAGAAAUUGCUUGGGAUGCUUCCUUCCGGGAAGAGGAACUUUGACGCGGUCAUUGAUGGUGCGGGUGGUGACGCGGUGGAGAAGGCCACGAGGCUUCUGAAGGCUGGUGGCGUGCUGUCUGUCUACGGCAUGACCGUCUCUCCCAAAAUGCCAUUCACCAUGCAAACUGUGCUCAAGAACAUUGAUGUUCGAGGGUCCACGAUGGGCUCCCGCAAGGAAUUCAAAGAGAUGGUGGAGUUUGUUGCGAGCAAGAAGAUUCACCCUGUGGUGUCCCGGGUCUUGAAGGUCGAAAUCGAUGAUCUCGCUGCUAUCGAUGGCCUCUUUGAGGACAUGAAGCACGGCAAACAGUUUGGCAAAUUGCGUCUCACAAAAGACGUCCAAAAAGACAGCUUCACAUUUGAAGGCGGUGGUUUUGCAGCUCUCACCUUCAAGGUUUCUUUUCAAAUGGCCAUGGAAGCCAUCGAGGAGUCUUUCUCCCCAAGUGAAUCCCGGCCCCCGAUGGCUCAAACUGCACUGCCUGUGGCUCAACAGUUCGAUGAUCCUCAGCCUGAUCCUUGCGGGUGGAUGAAGGAUCAGACAUUGGUAUCAAAUCCCCCCCAGCACCGGAACAUUCCAAUUUUCAACAAACCGACUGAUGAAAUCCAGAACGAGGCUCAGGCCGCCCUUCGGGUGUCAAAUGAGGAUUUGCAGUGUCGUGUUGCCAAGCUGAAAGAUCACGCAGCCCGUCUCAAGCGUGAGACUCACCUUCUCCAACGACAUCUCAAGGACUAUGAUCAUCCUCUAUUUGAAACCUGGGAAGCCGACACCAUAACCCGUCUGAUCGUGGUUGCCUCUCUUUAUCAGCCAACGACACUGGACACUGGACUGAUCAACAGUCUCAAUACUAAGAUUCAACAUGACCUGGCCACCCGCGCCUACGUUCAGGCCUCCAAGCAAAUCACCAAGACCACACUUUGUCACCUCGGUCUUUCAAAGGCACAUCAUCGGGCCAUCAUGCGAUAUGAGCAUAUUGCGGUGUAUCGAAGCGCAGAUCACACCGAGAGCGAGGUGCCCUUUGCGCAGUGGCUAAUCCAAGAGAAGGAAUCUCGACCGGACAAGUACAAAUUCUGGUCCGCAAUCUACCCGGUCUGCUAUGGCUGUUCGGUCGAGACGAGUGCGAAUCUCGUGUAG